AUGUUUUCAAUGAAAUAUAUAUCUUUGACAAUAUGUUUAUUGUUAAUUAUAAAUGGAUGUUGUUUGGUGGCCACUGCUGCCAAUAAUUUGACUCCAUCCAGUAUCAAGCUUUCUCUCACACAAAAGGUGUCUGAGAUGAGAGUUACUUGGUACACUCCAAGCAAGGGUUCCUCACCGAUCGUCUUAUUCGGAACAAGUCCAUUCGUUGCCAAUAAUUCAAUCUAUGAACAGAGUGUCGUUGCCACCAUCGAAGAUCUUAUCAGUGUCGAUUGGAGUGGAUACACCAAUACCGCAUUGCUUUCGGGACUGUUGCCACUUACCACCUACUUCUAUGCCGUCGGUGAGAAGAACGAACAACUCUUCAGCGAUGUCUACAAUUUCACAACAGCCGCCGCUGACUACUCUGAGAAUGUAGAUCCAUUCUCCAUUGUCGUGUACGGUGAUAUGGGUAUCUACGGUGGUAGUCAUCGUACAUUGGCUCGUAUCGUUGACCGUCUUGAUGACUUUAAAUUUGCCAUCCAUGUUGGUGAUAUUGCAUAUGCAGAUGUUACCAAAGCUUCAAAGGAUGUUGGAAAUGAGACUGUUUGGAAUGAAUUUUUGGAUAUGAUUAAUCCAGUGUCCUCACACAUCCCAUACAUGGUUUGUCCAGGAAACCACGAUAUCUUUUUCAUUAACUUUGGUAUCUAUCGUCGUACCUUCAAUAUGCCAGCACCAUCUCUUGAAGACUCAUGGUAUUCAUUCGAUUACAAUGGUGUCCACUUUGUAUCAUAUUCGACAGAGCAUUUGAUUCUCCCAUUGUCACCACAACACGAUUGGUUAGAGAACGAUUUGAAGACCUACCGUAUGAAGAACCCAGGUGGUUGGAUUGUAUUAUACGCUCACAGACCAUUCUACUGCAGUACCUCUUGGAGUUAUUGUGUAAAGGAUGAUUAUAAAGUUAUGUUACAAGACAGUUUGGAAUAUUUAUUAUUUGAAUACAAUGUUGAUUUAUUCAUUGGUGGUCAUGCUCAUAGCUAUGAGAGAACACUCCCAGUUUAUGCUGGAAAUGUUGCCAACUAUGGUACCUAUGAUGCUCCAAAAGCAACUGUACAUCUUGUAGUUGGAACUGGUGGAUGUCAAGAAGGUCCAGAUCCUGGAUGGCAACAACCAGCACCAAUUUGGUCAACCGGUGAAAGAUUGUUGGAUGUUGGAUAUGGUGUCGUUUCAUUUGCAAACAACACUCAUCUCCAAUACCAAUUCAUCAAUACCACAUCAAACACUGUUAGAGAUGAAUUUUGGUUAACUAAAGGUUUUUGGUAA